AUGUUGGGGGGCUGCAUGCCACGGCCACGCCACGGCCGUCGCCUCAGAAAAAGAACCUCCCCACAGCCCCCUCACUUCCGGUCAGGCCCCCCUACCGCGUCACUUCCGGCCACAGACGUCCGCCCCCCGCACACGUCACUUCCGGCGCCGCAGGCCCCGCCCCGUCCCCGCCCUUCCGGCCUCCCAUUGGCCGCGGCCCCUCUGGCCCCGCCCUCUACCCCGCCCUGCCGGCCUCCCAUUGGCUCUGGCCCCGCCCUGCCUGCCUCCCAUUGGCUGCGGCCACCGCCCCGUUCCCCACCAUGCCAGCCUCCCACCGGCUCUGGCCCCGCCCCGGUCCCUGCCCUCCCGUUCCCCAUUGGCCGCGGCCCCGCCGGCCCCGCCCUCUUGCCGGCCUCCCAUUGGAUCUGGCCCCGCCCUGCCGGCCUCCCAUUGGCUGCGGCCCCCUCAUCGGCUCCGGCCCCCGCCCCCUUCCCCGCCCUCCCGCUCCCCAUUGGCUGCGGCUCAUCAGGCCCCGCCCCCUCCCCGCCCUGCCGACCGCCCAUCGGCUCCGGCCCCGUCCCCUUCCCCGCCCUUCCAGCCUCCCACUGGCUGCGGCCCCUCCGGCCCCGCCCUCUACCCCCGCUCUGCCGGCCUCCCAUUGGCUCUGGCCCCGCCCUGGCGGACUCUCAUUGGCUGCGGCCACCGCCGCGUUCCCCGCCCUCCCGUUCCCCAUUGGCUCCCUCCCGCCCCGCCCUCUUCCCGCCCUGCCGGCCUCCCAUUGGCUGCGGCCCCCCGCCCCGUUCCCCGCCCUGCCGGCCUCCCAUCAGCCCUGGCCCCUCCGGCCCCGCCCUCUACCCCCGCCCUGCCGGCCUCCCAUUGGAUCUGGCCCCGCCCUGCCGGCCUCCCAUUGGCUGCGGCCGCCCCCCCUGCCCCCGGCCCGUCGGUCGGUCGGUCAGUCAGUCGGUAGGUGGGUCCGGCGCCAUGUCGGGCGCGCGGGAUGGGAAUGGGAACGGGAAUGAUCGGGAUGGGUCUGGGAAUGGGGCUGGGCGUUUCCCGUCGUUGCGGGCUCCGUCCCUGGAGCGGUACCUGUCCCGGCACCUGCCGGGGUUCCCGGCCCGGCCCGCCGCCCCCGCACCCCUCACCCACGACCAGUUCAGAUCAGGACAGUCAAAUCCAACUUUCUACCUGAAGAAGGGACCGAAAGCCUAUGUACUAAGAAAAAAGCCACAUGGCUCUCUCCUUCCUAAAGCACACAAGAUUGAUAGAGAAUUCCGUGUGCAGAAAACAUUAUUUUCAAGUGGAUUCCCAGUUCCUGAGCCCUUACUGUAUUGUAAUGAUGCUUCUGUGAUUGGAACGGAAUUUUACGUGAUGGAACAUGUAGAGGGUCGUAUCUUCCGUGAUUUCACAUUACCUGGCGUUACUCCAGCAGAACGAUCAGCUUUGUUUGUGGCUGCGGUAGAAACUCUGGCACGGUUACAUUCGCUGAAUGUACAGACGCUGGAUCUGGAAGGAUUUGGUAGAGGAGUAGGGUACUGCAAGAGACAGGUAUCAACGUGGACAGAGCAGUAUCGUGCAACUGCUCAUCAGGACGUUCCUGCUAUGAAUCAGCUGUCUGACUGGUUAAUGAGAAACUUGCCACCUUAUGACAACGAAGAACGUUUGAUUCAUGGAGACUUCAAACUAGAUAACAUAAUUUUUCAUCCAAAAGAGGCUCGUGUCGUGGCAGUUCUGGACUGGGAACUUUCAACCAUUGGCCAUCCUUUAGCGGACUUAGCAUACCUGUGCAUGUUCUACUUCUGGCCUAAGACAUUUCCAGUUUUAGAUGGAAAGAAUGUGCUUUCUUACGAAGAUAUUGUAGGAAUACCAUCAAUGGAAGAACUGAUUUCAAUUUAUUGCCGCUGUCGGGAUAUCAGCCCUACACUUCCCAACUGGAAUUUCUUUCUUGUCCUUUCAUAUUUUAAAUUGGCUGGAAUAGCACAGGGUGUGUAUGAUAGAUCUGUUCUUGGAAAUUCUUCAGCUGAAAAUAGUUAUCUGUUCGGCGGUGCCGUGAAACCCCUGGCAGAAGCUGGAUUACAACUCUCGAAAAAUGCUGCAGUACCACCGACCCACACUGCAGAAGAAUUGUUCCCACGGACUAAAAGAGGUAAAGCAGUUCUGAUGAAGGUGAAACAGUUCAUGAAAAACCACAUAUUACCAGCUGAAAAGGAGGUAAUGGAGUUCUACACCUGCAACGAAAAUUCUCUGGACAAGUGGGAACAUCCUGUUGUGAUUGAUAAGCUCAAGGAAUUGGCUAAAGCAGAGGGUCUCUGGAACCUCUUCUUGCCAGCCGUAAGUGGCCUCAGCCAAGUGGACUAUGCACUGAUUGCAGAAGAAACAGGAAAAUGUUUUUUUGCACCAGAUAUCUUCAACUGCCAAGCACCAGACACUGGAAACAUGGAGGUACUCCACUUGUAUGGAAGCGAGGAGCAAAAGAAACAAUGGCUUGAACCUCUUCUUCAAGGAACUAUUAGGUCCUGCUUCUGCAUGACUGAACCCGACGUUGGCUCAAGUGAUGCUUCCAACAUGGAAUGUAGCAUUGAACGAGAUGGGGAUGGCUACGUGAUUAACGGCAAGAAGUGGUGGAGCAGUGGGGCUGGAAAUCCAAAAUGCAAAGUAGCGAUUGUCAUGGGGAGAAAUAAAAAUUCUGCCUCAUCUAGACACCAACAGCACAGCAUGAUCCUUGUUCCUUUAAACACACCUGGAGUGAAACUGAUAAGACCAUUGUCAGUUUUUGGAUAUAUGGAUAAUAUUCAUGGAGGCCAUUUUGAGAUACAUUUCAACAGAGUGCGAGUCCCUGCCUCCAAUUUAAUACUAGGAGAAGGAAGGGGAUUUGAAAUUGCUCAGGGCAGACUGGGGCCAGGACGGAUUCACCACUGUAUGAGAUCAAUCGGCUUGGCUGAACGGGCUCUGCAGAUCGUGUGUGAGCGGGCUGCUCAAAGAGUAACUUUUCAGAAGAAACUGCAUGCUCACGAGGUUAUCGCGCACUGGAUUGCCGAAAGUCGCAUCGCAAUCGAAGAAGUGAGACUGUUGACCCUGAAAGCGGCCCACAGCAUAGACACCGUUGGCAGUGCUCGGGCAAAGAAAGAGAUUGCAGUGAUCAAAGUGGCCGCACCCCGAGCUGUUUGUAAAGUCCUUGACAAGGCGAUUCAAGUUUGUGGAGGAGCUGGACUUUCCCAGGAUUUCCCGUUAGCCAACAUGUAUGCCGUGGUGCGCUCUCUGCGCAUAGCCGAUGGUCCCGACGAAGUCCACCUCUCAGCAAUUGCAGCAAUGGAGCUGCGCGAUCAAGCCAAGCAGCUAGUUGCAAAAAUGUAGAGCAGAGUAGCUUAGGCAUUACCAUCUAACAGCCUAGGGCAAACUUAACAAUUACGGCGGAUGUUGAGCCUCUGGAUUUUUUUUUUCCUAAAGUGGUGGUAAUGUUGCAGGAGCUUGAGAUUCUCUAGAAUCAUGGACGUUUGUAAAAAUGAAAAGAUAAUCCAAAUUCAGCUUUUGAAUAUUAUGCCAACACGAAAAUAACUGAUUGCCAACACGGCUCUGGAUGUUUGGCGUAGAUUGUAAUGUGUUCGGAUAAAUGGUCCUUUGUAGUUCAAGGGCAAUUUAGAAGCUGUGAAUGGUCUACAGCAAGCAAAUGUCUCGAAUGAUCUGCUACCUGACAGAUUUAUAUUUUUCUUUCGUACUUCGUAAGCUCUUAAUUCCUACUGAUAGAUCCAAGAGUAAAUGCAAGUGGAAGGAAAUUGUAUUUACUUGGAUUUCAAGAUCAGGGCUAAGAAUAAGCAUAUAUGAUGGUUUUGACUGCCUUGAAAUUAUCAAAUUUUGUAAGAGAUUUUAAUGAAGGUCAGCAUGCAAUUUUAAACCUCCUAGAAGAGUUUAGCAAAUCGAGGGACAGAAUUGAUCAUAUUUUUCAUUACCACCUCCUUCAACAUAUAAUUUUAUCUGAUAGCAUAACUACUUUUUAGAUAUUUUCUAGCCUGUCGGGUCUACAAAUGACCCUGACUGGAGGGGAAGGAGUGGUGUAUGUAAAAAGUUCCAUUUUAACCAACUCUGUUUUCUCUGGAGGAGAUUCUUUAACAGUACAAUCAUACAGGAAGAUUAUUGUUCUCUGAGGGUUUGACAGGCGAAGAUAUCACUGUUGAAAUAGAAUGGAAAUGAUGGUUUCUGAAUAAAAUAAUUUUCAUUCAUUUUGUUUGA